AUGCUCACGCCACGCCAGGCUCACGCCAAACCAGGAUCAGGUCACGCUCACGCCACGCCAGGAUCACGUCACGCUCACGUCACGCUCACGCCACGCCAGGAUCACGUCACGCUCACGCCACGCCAUGCUCACGUCACGCUCACGCCACGCCCACGCCACGCUAGGCUCACGUCACGCUCACGCCAGGAUCACGUCACGCUCACGCCACGCUCACGCCACGCCACGCUCACGCCAGGCCCACGCCAGGAUCACGUCACGCUCACGCCACGCCAGGGCCACGUCACGCUCACGCCACGCCACGCUCACGCCACGCCCACGCCAGGAUCACGUCACGCUCACGCCACGCCAGUAUCACGUCACGCUCACGCCACGCCAGGGUCACGUCACGCUCACGCCACGCCAGGGUCACGUCACGCUAACGCCACGCCAGGCUCACGUCACGCUCACGCCACGCCCACGCCACGCCAGGCCCACGCCACGCCAGGCUCACGCUCACGCCACGCCACGCUCACGCCACGCCCACGCCAGGAUCACGUCACGCUCACGCCACGCCAGUAUCACGUCACGCUCACGCCACGCCACGCUCACGCCACGCCCACGCCAGGAUCACGUCACGCUCACGCCAAACCAGUAUCACGUCACGCUCACGCCACGCCAGGGUCACGUCACGCUCACGCCACGCCAGGGUCACGUCACGCUCACGCCACGCCAGUAUCACGUCACGCUCACGCCACGCCAGGGUCACGUCACGCUCACGCCACGCCAGGGUCACGUCACGCUCACGCCACGCCAGGAUCACGUCACGCUAACGCCACGCCAGGCUCACGUCACGCUCACGCCACGCCCACUCCAGGAUCACGUCACGCUCACGCCACGCCAGGAUCACGUCACGCUCACGCCAACUCUCAGCUCUCUCAGCUCGUGACUGUUGAAUUUACAUAG